UGUCAAAUAGGAGUUUCUCCUUUCGACUGUCAAUUGAAUGUCUAUAUUGGACGACGUGGACUAYAACUUGGAUUGACACAAGAAUAUACUGAGUUUUUCCCGACCUAAAUAAUGGUUUKCUGUUACUCUUGAACAAUUUCUAACAAAAUAGUUGCUAAUUUAGGAAUGCCAUGCGCCUUUUCAACUACUACUAACAUGCUAGCCAAGUUACUUCGUGAAUUAGCUGUAGUUAGAAACUAGUAGUUAGCAAGUCAGCCAAACACGUUAUGAUUUGGGAACACUAGCUAGCAAAACGUAGCUAACGUUUGCUAGCUAACGAGUUAGAGGACAGUACAAGCUAGUUGCUCACCCUAAAAAACAGUUUAGUUGGUUAAAGUUACUUUUUUUUCCGCUUGACACCAAGACAUUURUUGGUGGUGGCUAACUAGUUAGCGCGUGGUUUUUAUAAAGCAGCUUUACMGCUUUGUAUGCUAGCUAGCUGACCUAGCCAACUAGCUAACGUUAAAGACAUGGGAUUACACCCGUUGGAGUUUAGCGAAUGCUACCUGGACAGUCCCGUUUUCAGGGAGAAAAUAAAGGCACACGAGGCAGAGUUGGACAAAACCAACAGAUUUAUCAAGGAACUCUACAAGGAUGGAAAGAAUCUCAUCAAUGCCACAAAACAGCUUGCUUUGGCCCAGCGCAAGUUUGCCCAGUCCCUGGGAGAAUUCCAGUUUGAGUACAUCGGCGACGCGAAGACCGACGAUGAGAGGUGUAUUGAUGAAUCCUUGCAGGAGUUCUCCAACUUCCUUAAGAACCUGGAAGACCAAAGAGAGCUGAUGAUGAAGAAUAUUACAGAAACGCUAAUGAAACCGCUGGAGAAGUUCAGAAAAGAGCAACUGGGCUCAGCUAAGGCGGAAAGGAAGAAGUAUGAGAAGGAAACUGAGAAGUACUACAGCUCCUUGGAAAAGCUUUUGAACAUGUCAGCAAAGAAGAAGGAACCGCAGCUACAGGAGGCGGACAGCCAGGUGGAGACCAUUAGACAGCACUUCCAGGAGGAGUCUCUGGACUACGUGGUAAAACUGCAGGAGAUCCAGGAGAGGAAGAAGUUUGACUGUGGUGGAGCCAUAUACACUCUUCAUUGUGUCCCAUGUUCUUUCUAUCCCCAGAUGCUGGCGUUCUUUCAGACAGUGUUCACCUUCUACCACCAGGGAUUUGAGCUGGCCAAUGACUUUAACCACUACAAGAAAGCCUUACAGAUCAAUAUACAAAAUUCGACGCACAGCUAGAUGACGUAGGAUUGUCGUUUGUGAAGAAUGCCAUCAACGCCAUUGAGACGCGAGGUAUCAAUGACCAGGGCCUGUACAGAGUGGUGGGGGUCAGCUCCAAAGUCCAGAAGCUCCUUAGCCUAAUGAUCGAUGAGAAGAGUAACGAUGUGGAUCUGUCUACGUGUGAGGACUGGGAUGUGAAAACGAUCACCAGCACGCUAAAGCUGUAUUUGAGGAGUCUUCCUGAGCCACUGAUGACCUAUGGACUCUACAAAGACUUUAUCGCCCCUGCAAAAGGUGGUAGUCCAGAGUCUCGUAGCCAAGCCAUCCACUGCCUGGUCCACAAGCUGCCUGAGAUGAACUGCCUGGUCCUGGGGCUACUGAUGAAACACCUGGCUAYUGUGGCGGCCCACAGUAAGUUGAACCUGAUGACGGUGGCCAACCUGGGUGUGGUGUUUGGUCCCACCCUGAUGCGGCCCCAGGAGGAUACUGUGGCUGCCAUCAUGGACCUCAAGUUCCARAACAUUGUGGUGGAGAUCCUCGUCGAGCAACACGAGAAGAUCUUUGGCGACGUCCCAGGYGCGUCUUCCCCAGGGCUCUCCGCCCCCACCAGGCAGUCCAAGAAACUGUCGGUUCGACAGAACCGUCCCCUUGCCGUCUAUAACCCAAAGACCGUGGACCUGCAGACAGUGUUACCGACGUCACCUGAUGUCGGUUCCAACUCGGAUGAGGCGUCGCUAGGCAGCAACGAGUCGGUGUCGUCCCAGUCGACUGCCUCGGGGACACCUCCGGAGAAGGCCAACCAUGCUCCCCUUCUCGCCAGCCUCAGCACAGGAGACAGCCCAGGGGCCUGCAUCGCUGUAGCAGCCUCGUGGCUCAACUCUGGAGCCCUGACCAAAGCCAGUUCUGAUGGGGACAAGACAGUGGACGGUGUCACCAGUGGCGGCAAGAGAGCCAUGGCGGUGUACCCGUGCGAGGCCGAGCACGAAUCUGAGUUAUCCUUCCAGGUCGGAGCAAUAUUCAGCGCCGUGGCACCUUCCAGGGAACCUGGCUGGCUGGAAGGAGAGCUGGAGGGGAAGAAAGGCCUCAUCCCUGAAAACUAUGUGGAGAUGCUGUAG